AUGGCAGCCGCAUUGACCGUCGAGCAGGAACAAGCAACAAAAGAAUUUAUUGAAGCGGUAAAUAAAUGUCGCGCUGGUAGAAGAGCAAGCCCGGUGUCCUGGAGUACGGCUGUUAAAUUUUUGACAGCACGUAAAUUUGAAGUACCACGUGCAUUAGCGUUGUAUGAGCAACACGAGGCAACAAGACGUCGUGAAGGUUUGGCAACUCUUCAUCCGACUCAAGAGCCACUUCUUUCAGAAUUACGUACUGGUAAAUUCACCGUACUGCCAUCAAGAGACGGUACAGGUGCAGCAAUCGCUAUUUUUACAGCACACUUGCAUCUACCUCAAUGUACAACUCAUCAAACAACUCUUCAGGGUGUAGUUUAUCAACUAGACGCCGCGCUGGAAAGCGCAGAUACACAAAAGCACGGAUUAGUAUUUAUUUAUGAUAUGUCCGACAGCAAAUACCAGAAUUUCGAUUACGAUUUGUCGCAAAAAAUUCUUACACUACUCAAGGCCUUUCGGCAACUACCCGUCGACGAAGACGACAAAUCGCGCAUGUCCGUGCUCGUAGACGUCACAGCGUACGACGACGCUCGAGGUUCGUCGGUCAGUAGUCGUUGUCGUAACUUGCUAUCUACUCCAUCAGGAGGGUAUCCGGCUAAGUUGAAGAAAGUCCUGAUUGUGACGGCACCGCUGUGGUUCAAGGCUCCAUUUAAAAUUCUACGUUUAUUCGUCAGGGAAAAAUUACGGGAUCGUGUAUUUACAGUGUCAAUACCUCAACUGACACUUCAUAUACCCCGAGACUCGUUGCCUCAACGUUUAGGCGGUACUUUGGAGAUACAGCAUGAAGCCUGGCUGUUACAUUGUCUCAAGUCCAUGACGAAUCGUAGCGGUGGUGAAUUGUGUGAGGUAAUUUAUUUUUAUUUUUUAAAUUUAAUAGUGUUAAACAUUUUUUUUAAAUAAAAUAUCAAUUAUUUUUAUCUAGAGACACUUAAAUUGUUUGAUGAAAAAUUUUUAGCAAUUAAAUCAUUGUAAAAAAAAUUUAAUUUAAAAACAUUUUUUUUUUUUUACAAUAAUUGAUUUUUCAUAAAAAUUAAAAAAAUAAAUUUUAUUUAUUAGUAUAGAUAAAAAUAAUUGAAAAUAAAUAAAAAAAAAACCUUCUUAUAAAUGAAAAGCAUUUUUUUAAUAAUAAAAAAAUAUUUUUUGAACUAGGUUACCCCGAGAGUGGGUAGUCCUCUAUCACCGACAUCAAAGUCGGCAGCAGAAAGCCCGACAAAUGAAACAACAAACAAUGUUGUCAGCAGUAGCAACUCAACAAGUCCAAUAAGCGAGAAGCACAAAAUAAAAAAUGGAAGCGUAACAAUCGGCGACAUUGAAAUAACAAAUGGAGACAGCUGGAUAGCAAGUGAUGAAGCGCCGUCACCAGUCCAGCCGCCUUCAUCAGCGAGCUCCGGGUUCAGCGACGACGACAGUCUCCACGGGGACCUGGGCUUGCAAGCAGUGACAAUGGAGCAGCUCGUUGAAGCAAUUCACUCCCGCGGACGUGCCGGUCUAGUAGCUGAGUACGCAGAAAUAAGACAAAGGCCUCCCGAUGGUUCAUUCAAUAACGCGAAAUUGCGUCAAAACCAGCCAAAAAAUCGAUACACCGAUGUACUGUGCUACGAUCACUCGAGAGUUUGUCUGUCUCAAGUUGACGGUGAUCCUUCGUCGGACUACAUCAAUGCCAAUUUCGUGGAUGGUUACAAACAAAAGAACGCUUUUAUCAGCACACAAGGACCAUUACCCAAGACUUGUGGGGACUUUUGGCGGAUGGUCUGGGAACAGCAGACUUUAGUUGUUGUCAUGACUACCAGAGUUAUUGAACGAGGACGGACUAAGUGCGCUCAGUACUGGGGUCCUGAGCCAGGUGAUGAAGUGUCUGCCGGUGGUUUUACCGUCACGACACUUGAAACUGAAGAAACCCGCGAAGUUUGUCAUAUGCUGUACACAGCUUGGCCAGACUACGGAGUACCACAAUCAGCCAGAGCUCUUUUACAAUUUCUUUCGUUGGUGAGACAACAUCAGACCAAGCUGCUUGCUAGCAGGGGAGAUACUUGGGCUGGUCAUCCUCGAGGACCACCAAUUGUUGUACAUUGUAGUGCUGGAAUUGGUCGUACUGGAACAUUUUGUACAUUGGAUAUUUGUAUAUCUCGCUUGGAAGACACAGGAACCGUGGACAUACGCGGUACAGUUGAAAAAAUCCGAGCCCAGCGAGCUUACAGUAUUCAAAUGCCAGAUCAGUAUGUGUUUUGUCACCGCGCUCUCGCAGAAUAUGCACUUUCUCGGGGGAUGCUGGAGAUUCACCAUCUUGCCAUGUUACCACCUACCAUUGAGGAAGACUCUGACUAG